CUGCUGUCUGGGUGAGGACGCAUUCCUGAGCAGUAUGUGUGGCCGGAGCGCACUGCUGCAGCUGGGAGCAUGAGUGUUGGCCCCCAGCUACAGUUGGCAGUCCUCUGGCCUUGGCUGCUUAUGGCUACGCUGCAGAUUCGACUGGGCUACUCUGGACUGGCGCUGGCGGCCGCUGUGGAAGCCGACCGAUCGCUGGCCCAGAAGGCAAUCAUUCGGGUGAUCCCUUUCAAGCUGGAGCCUCUCAUGCUGGAAGGAGUCUUCGCUAGCGUUGCGGAUGUGACCCCAGCGGAAGGAAAGCUUCUGCAGUUCCACCCCCUGUCACUGUGCAACACCAGUGAAGACGAACACACCGUCCCAGGGUUUGUCUCCAUCAUCAAACUGGAAAGUCCCGAGCGGGAUCUCCACCCCUGUCUGUCGUUGGACAAUAAGGCCAAACUGGCAGGGGAGAGAGGGGCACGGGCCGUCCUCUUCGACAUCACCGAUGACCAGGGUGCUGCUGACCAGCUGAAGGAACCCAGAGGGCUCAGUCACCCCGUGGUUCUCAUCUGGGGCCAUGAUGCCGAGCUGCUGAUGGGGGUGGUUAACAAUAACCGAGAAGCCCAUGUGAAGAUUGAGGUGAAGGAGAUGCCAGCUUGGCCGAACUAUGAUGUCUGGAUACUCCUCACUGUGGUGAGCACCGUCAUGGUCAUUGUUUCGAUCUUCAUCGUGCGCUCUUGGUGCAAGCCGAGCAAUGUUCAGACUAAUGUACAGGAAGAGACCCUGCGAGCAAUCAACCGGUUGGCCACCCGGAGGUAUCAUGCCCGCUGUCGGCAAGCCCCCACGGGGGAUUCUGCCAGCACCUGCAGCUCUGCCCCGGUCUGCGCCAUCUGCCUGGAGGAGUUCAGUGAGGGCCAGGAACUGCGGAUCAUCACCUGCUUCCAUGAGUUCCAUCGGUGGUGCGUCGAUCCCUGGCUCCAGCAGCACCAAACGUGUCCUCUGUGCAUGUUCAACAUCAUGGAUCAAGAUCCCUCUGCUUUACCCCUGCGUUCCCGAGAGGACGUCCGUCAGCCAGGGCCUGGGCAAAGGCCCCGUUUCUUCCGGCAACACCCGGGGCGUGCCUUGUACCACUUCCCACAGACUCUACCCCCGGUGCCCCCCAGGAACUGUCACGAACACCCUUUCUUCCACUCCCCACGUCUUUCCCAGUCAGGUUUCGGGACGAUGCAUUACCUGCGCUACGGGCCGACGGGCUCGGAGCCUUGGUGCGCUCACCAGUCACCUCUCGCCCAAAGACUAUUGGUUUCCCAACCCCACGAGGCUCUGCUGUGUGAGCAGGCCCCUGCCCCUCACAGGCCCUGCCUGCUUCAACGCCAGCCCCCCUGCCGAGGAGGGCUGAGGCCUCCCCUCUCCGACAGGCUCAAUCGUGCCGUUCCUCCCCACAGAGGGAUCCGCCAUGGGAGGCAUCAUCACCACAGCAGUGGCUCAGGGGAGAGUUACCUCACGGAGCCCAGCGGGUACCUUCCCGACGGCCCCGGCAGCGACACCAGUUCGGGUCCUUGCCACGGCUCGUCCAGCGACUCCAUGUUGAAUUGCACUGAUGUCAGCCUUCAGGCCAUCCAUGGCAGCUGCUCCACUUUCCGCAGCUCCUUGAGCAGCGAUUACGACCCUUUCGCCUUCUGCGGUACGGAGACGCCGGCCAUGGAGAAUGGGCAGGAGCUGCCUCCUUCUUGGAGGGACCCGCGGCCCAGGCCCCAGUUGGCGGACACGGCGGGGGAGGGCAGGGAGCAGCUGGCCAGUAACCAUGUCCACUACCACCACCACCAUCACAGGCACCACCAUUAUGGACGGAGCCCCCCGGACUGUCUGAGGGGCAGGCCGAGCCACGAGCCCGUUCAACGCAAGGCCAAAUACCCCAGGGCCAAGGUCGGGUUGCUUAGCGCCCAGGCGCACAAAAGAACUGAGACGGUACGCCUGCCAGAGAGCGGCUCAGACUCCCAGGAGGCGACUCUGCUCGGGCAGCCUUCUUGUUUGCCUCAAGGACACAUGCCCUCUUUGCCCGACAGGUUGGACUUCGCUGCAGCGGCCGGCGGGCAAGCAGGAGCCGGCGGGCCGCAGACCUCUCAGCAACCCUGCUUGCAGCUUCAUCCCGGCAGGAGGAAAUGGAAACACCCGCUUGUCUCCUCCCAGUCCCCUUUGCCAGAGAAUCCCAGCGUGCCCCCAGACUGCGGCGCUCCCACUCGCUGUGGCCCCGGCUCUGAGAACGGCUGCCCCUCAAAGAUUCAGCCUCUAGUGGCCAGCAGUUCCUCCGCACAUCGUUUUCCAGGUUGUCAGCAGGUUUCAAAGAGCUUCGCUCCACAUUCCGGUGGCGAGCCUCAGGAGCAGGGGAACAGGACGGGGGAACAGGACUGCGGAUCUACGCUUCUGGCGGAAGGUUCGGGGACCAACACCGCAAGGAACCAUCUCAGUUUUUACCUCAGCUGCCAAAUUCCACAACACCAUCAGGGCCUACACGAGCCAGAAGGCGCGCGCAUGCGCGUUGAGCGCGGGGCGCUCGAACGAGCGCGGAAGAAGCGAGCGACGCAAGGGGCGCGAAGGGCCGAGCGGCUGCUUUUGAACCGGAUGUAA